AUGAUGAUGGAAAUAUCCAUUGUAAUGCUGAAUGGCGAACGCCACACUCUGACGGUGAACCCCCGAGACACCGUGGGGUCUCUGAAGAGACUGAUCCAGGAGAAGCUCGGGGUUCCCUACGGGGAGCAAAGGCUGGUCUUUUAUAACGGGCACAGUACCUCUCUCAACGAUGACAACAGGACCCUGGAAAGUUACUCCCUUCACUCCGGCUCCCAGGUCACUCUGCUGAUCACCAAACCGCCUGACACCUUCCAGGUGUUUGUCAAGAACGUGGAGGGAAAUACGAAAACCUACGACAUAACGAAGGAUGAGACUGUAGACAUGUUAAAGAGAAAAGUCGAGAAAGUGGAGGGGGUUGCUGUGAGCCAGCAGAGGCUGAUUUUUCAGGGCAAAGAGAUGACAAGCGGGAAACUCUCGGACUACAACGUUAAAGAGCACAGUACCAUCGAGAUGACGAUGCGUCUGAGAGGAGGCUGA